AUCCCCGCUUCGUCACGGCCUCGCCUCUCUCCUGGUCCAAAGGGAGGAGGAGAGGCCGGGACGCUCGGCGGCCACUCUGACGUCGGUGCAGGGAGCUCGGUGUGUUGCGGUGCAGGGCCGGAGAGAAGCAGAGUCCCGACCUCUGUCGCGUCCGUACCGAGCUCGGAGCCACUGGAGGUGUCCGGAUGUGCCGGAGAACCGGAGCCGCGAAGCAACAUGGCGGAGAACCAUCUAACGGCCCAAGAGGAACGGGCAAUUGAGGAGUUUAUUUCCGAAUUGAAGACUCGGGAACAACCACAAGUGGUUACGGUGCCUCCUAACACUGCUGUGAAGUUUUUAAUGGCUCGGAAGUUUGAUGUUUCUAGAGCGAUUGAUUUAUUCCAGGCUUACAGAAACACAAGACUUAAAGAAGGGAUCUACAACAUAAAUCCAGAUGAAGAACCUCUACGCUCUGAGCUACUGAGUGGUAAAUUUACGGUUUUACCCGGAAGAGAUGCAAAUGGAGCAGCGCUAGCCUUGUUCACUGCUAGACUCCACCGGCCGGAUGUAACCACGCAUAAGGCUGUUCUCCAGGCAAUUAUCUACCAGCUAGAUAAAGCCAUUGAGAGGGUGGAGACGCAGAGGAAUGGCCUCAUCUUCAUUUAUGAUAUGAUUAAUUCCACUUAUGGAAAUUUUGAUUAUGAACUGUGUGUAAAGAUAUUGAACCUUUUAAAGGGUGCUUUUCCUGCGCGGUUAAAAUGUGUUUUUAUUGUAUCCUCUCCUCUUUGGUUUCGAGCUCCGUUUGCUGUUUUACGACUUUUCGUCAGAGAAAAGCUGAGAGAACGGGUGCGCACAGUAAAAGCCCAUGAGUUGGUAAACCACAUACCCAAGGAGUCUUUACCCGAGCAUUUGGGAGGAACGUCCAAAAUAAGCCAUGUUGCUUGGAUACAGGCCUGUGUCAAUUCUAGACAAGGCCAGGAGAAUGGAGACUGCAUGGACCAUCUCUUUGUUAUAUACUCUGAGCAAAAUCCUGUGAGUGAUAGACUAAAUUCUAAUUGCACCCAGCAGAAUGUGACUGACAAUACCAGACUUAUUCACAAUCAUUACCAUGAAAACAGGACUAAGAAUUACGCAGAGACGCACAGAGUUAGUGGCUGCGUGCACUGGAAUGGUUCUGCCGUUAGCGGCAACUACGAUUGUUGUGAUAAAAGCUCCAGCGCAAACACAAACUGUAGGAGGCCGCCUCCUCAAUCGGAGACCCCUCCGGACACCCCAUUGUAUAAACAGCCUGCUGACAAUCCUUCCAUCCCGCCUUUACCCCAGAAAUCUCGACCACUGCCCGCAGACAUGGAGCAAUCCAUACACAUGCCUGAAGAAGGAGGAAUGACGGUACUGGGUUUGGUUCAGCAUGUCAAGAGGAUGAAAAAGAGGGGCAUUUUUCAGGAGUAUGAAGAAAUUAGAAAAGAGCCACCAGUCGGUACUUUUGAUGUAUCAAAGAAGCCUUACAAUCAAGCCAAGAAUAGGUACAGUGAUGUUUUGUGCUUGGACCAGUCCAGGGUUAAGCUGGGACUUAUUGGCACAGAUGAGACGACUGACUACAUUAAUGCCAGUUUUAUGGAUGGAUAUAAAAGAAAAUAUGCCUAUAUUGCUACUCAAGGUCCCUUGCCAAAAACGUUUGACGAUUUCUGGCGUAUGGUGUGGGAACAAAGAGUGUUAAUAAUUGUUAUGACGACAAGAGUAAUAGAAAGAGGUCGGAUAAAAUGUGGACAAUACUGGCCUCUUGAAGCUGGAAGAAGCGAAGAUUCUGGGCACUUUAUUAUCAGGAACAUUCAUAUAGAUCUCUUCCAAGACUUCAAAUUAACCCAUCUGGAUCUCUACAAUAAACAGACCAAUGAAAGUCGAAGUGUUGCCCAUUACCAGUACAUGAGUUGGCCUGAUUUUGGCGUGCCUAAAUCUGCUUCUGCCAUGUUGGACUUCAGAGCCCAAGUAAAGCAACAUCAAGCCAUGGCUGUGCAAGCUUUGGGGUCAGAGUGGGCUGGACAUCCUGCGGGGCCGCCCAUCGUGAUUCACUGCAGUGCAGGCAUUGGCAGAACAGGUACCUUUUGUACUUUGGAUAUUUGUUUGUCCAGGCUGGAGAACAUUGGCACGGUGGAUGUUCUACAGACAGUGAAGAGGAUGAGAACUCAGCGCGCUUUCAGUAUUCAAACAUGGGAUCAAUAUUACUUUUGUUAUAUGGCAAUUAUUGAAUAUGCACAAAGAAAAGGCCUCCUUGCCCCUGUGGAAUGGUCCGACACUGAAUUUGAGACAGAUAGCGAGUGAUUAUUCCCUCUCCAUGGUACUAAAACAUGUUUUGUGGGUGUAGCCUUGGCCAUAGCUGGUCCAUUCUAAACUGGGUGGUGCUGGAAGGCUCUGCCCCCUUGCUGCCAUGCAGUGAAGUGCAGGGCCCUUCAGUACACCUCUAGUUUGAGCUAUUUAUGCACUGGAAAGUGUCAUAAUUUAUUGUAGCAUGAAUGCAAUGGAGUAACUUGCACAUCAUUUUCUAGACUUGAACUAAACUGUACUUUUAAUUUUUUUUGCUGUUCUGCGCAGAAAAGAAUUCUGUACAAUUGUCACAGAUCCCUUUGUAAAGUGUGUAGCAUCUUGUAGAUUUUGUUUAGCCCUUUUUAUGAUUUUUAUGUAAAUUGUGAUGUGUCCUCAAACGAUUGCUUCAAAGUCUGUAACGUUCAACAAAUGCCACCAAAUAGAGGUCCACAUACCGGGCACUGUUGUAUAUAGCUAACUUUAAACCGAAUCCAAGUUACCCAAGGGGAAGACUCUGCAUCAAAGACCGAAGGUUGUGUCAAGACAAAUCGCUAAUUGACGGUUAUGCAAACUCUUACCCAUUUUCCUGAGUUCUUUCAGCAGUGGAAUGGUUAAGACAAACGCCUUAAGCUAUGUUUGAUUUGGUAGCGUUUCCUUUAAGGAUGUUGAAAAUGGUUAUGGGAAGCGUUUUUUUUUUUUUGUUUUUUUUUUUUUGCCAGACACUACAUUAUAGUGUAGGGUUUUACGUACAAUAUUACACUGCCUGCAUUGAUGUGCCUUUUUAAUGUAUUAUGUGUAGCACAAAAGUCAUAAUUUAUCCAAAUUAAAAAGACAAAUGCCUGCAUUGAUAUUCUCAGGGGCCUCUUUCUAAUUUCCAUGUUAAUUAGGGGGAAAGGAAUAGUUUCUUUUUUCUUCUUGCUGUCCCUUCAACGUACUUGAGAGCAGAUUUCUUUAACGGUUAUAUUAUAUUAAUAUCAAUAACUUGUUUCUCCAAUUAAUUUAAUUAUUUUUGUACUUUAACAGUAUUACUUUUUUUCCUCCAGUUUGGUACGACUGUCUUGCAUCACAGUGGCUGCAUAAAAAAUGAACCAAGCUACUGUAUUGAUAAGCCUACGUAAUCAUUGUAAAUGUUUAUAUAUGCUUUGGGAUUGCAAAAUUAGAAUGCGUUAUCUCCUUGCUGUAUUUAAAAUUACAGGUCCUGUUACUAGGCUGGCAGAUACAUGGAAAGCUACUAGAAUGAACUUAUAUGUCAGAUUAAAUAUUUCUUUAGCCUUCA